CUGAUUCUGCUGCUUCUGAUGGGGUUUCCCUUCAGCACUCUGCCACUGAAUCCAGAGGACCCCAACGUCUGCAGUCACUGGGAAAGUUACGCUGUCACUGUGCAGGAGUCCUACGCACACCCAUUCAAUCAGAUCUACUACACCAGGUGCACUGACAUCCUCAACUGGUUCAAAUGCACCAAGCACAGAAUAAGUUACAAAACGGCAUAUCGGCGGGGCGUGAGAACAAUGUACCGGCGGCGCUCUCAAUGUUGCCCUGGUUACUAUGAGAGUGGAGAUCUGUGUGUCCCGCUGUGUACUGCAGAAUGCGCUCAUGGCCGCUGUGUGUCUCCUGACACGUGUCAAUGUGAACCGGGCUGGGGAGGAGUGGACUGCUCAAGUGCCUGUGCCAAUGGUCACUGGGGACCCCACUGUAGUAACCGCUGCCAGUGCCAAAACGCUGCCCUCUGCAAUCCCAUCACUGGAGCCUGCGUGUGCUCUGAUGGAUACCAGGGCUGGCGUUGCGAGGACCCCUGCGAUGAUGGUUACUAUGGCAGCGGCUGUCAGCAGCCCUGCCAGUGCCUGAAUGGUGCCACGUGCCACCACGAGACGGGAGAGUGCCUGUGUGCACCCGGCUACACAGGAGAGUUCUGCGGGGAUGAGUGUCCAGCUGGUAGUCAUGGCGCCCAUUGUGAGCAGCGCUGCCCGUGCCAGAAUGGCGGAAAGUGCCAUCACAUCACAGGGUUGUGCAGCUGCCCUGCUGGGUGGAUGGGGGCAGUCUGCGCCCAGCCGUGCCCAGCUGGGAAGUUUGGAGUCAACUGCAGCCAGGAGUGCUCGUGCCAGAAUGGAGGAGUGUGUGACCAUGUCACGGGGCGGUGUGUCUGUGCCAUGGGGUACAGCGGAGAGUGGUGCCAAGAAGAAUGCCCGGUUGGCACGUAUGGAGCACUCUGCACUGAGCAGUGUGACUGCCAGAAUGGAGCCAAGUGCGACCACAUCACUGGAGCGUGCCAGUGUGACGCCGGUUUCAGGGGUCCCUCAUGCCAGGACAGUUUCUGCCCACUGGGCCUCUACGGACUUGUCUGCGACAAGUACUGCCCAUGUGAUGCCAACAACACACUCAGUUGCCACCCUCUCUCAGGUGAGUGUACCUGCAUGCCUGGAUGGGCAGGUCUCUAUUGCAAUGACACCUGCCCAGCUGGUUACUAUGGUGAGGGGUGUAUGGAACCCUGCUGGUGUGAGGACAGAGGGGACUGUGACAGCAUCACUGGAGAGUGUAUCUGUGCACCUGGCUACAUGGGAGAGAACUGUUCUGUGAGCUGUCCUGUGGGAUUGUAUGGGUUAAACUGCUCUUCCAACUGCUCCUGUCAGAAUGAAAUCUCCUGCUCCUCUAUCGACGGCUCCUGCCUCUGCAGGGAAGGCUGGCAAGGUGUUGACUGUUCUCUGCCGUGCCCCAGUGGCACGUGGGGGUUUGAUUGUAACCAGAGCUGCGUGUGUGUGAAUGGAGCCUCCUGCGAUCCAGCAGACGGCUCGUGCACCUGCGCAGCCGGGUGGACUGGGGAAGUGUGUGAUGCUCCCUGUCCUGAUGGCACCUACGGUUUGGGGUGUGCGGAACACUGUGACUGUCGUCAUGCCAAUGGCUGUGACCCUGUGAGUGGGCAGUGCUGUUGCCUAGCUGGAUGGACCGGUGUGCACUGUGACAACGUGUGUGAGGAGGGCCGUUGGGGUUCAGACUGCUCCAUGGUGUGUUCCUGUAAGAACGGCGGCACCUGCUCUCCCGAGGACGGUUCGUGUGUCUGCACGCCAGGCUACCGGGGCUCGUCCUGCAGCCGAGCUUGCAUCCCUGGGCAUUACGGUCACCGCUGCAGCCUCUCCUGCCCCCAGUGUAUACAUAGUGAUGGACCAUGCCAUCAUAUUACUGGGCACUGUGAGUGCUUGCCAGGGUACUAUGGCCCUCUUUGCAACCAAGUGUGUCCUUCUGGUAAAUAUGGCAAAGACUGUGCUGAGGAGUGUGUUUGCACUAAUAACAGCACCUGCAACUCUAUUGAUGGAUCCUGCCAGUGCAACCCAGGUUGGAUAGGGGAAGACUGCUCAACAGAAUGUAACUCUGGCUUGUGGGGACCUGACUGCAUACACACAUGUAACUGCCAUAAUGGAGCUCAGUGCAGAUCUCAGGAUGGAAGCUGCAGGUGCAGCGCAGGGUGGACUGGCCUUUACUGCACACAACGCUGCCCCUCUGGGUUUUUCGGGGCUGGCUGUGCUGAGGUGUGUCGCUGCCAGAACGGAGCAGACUGUGACCACAUCGCCGGUCUGUGUGCCUGCCGGACUGGCUUCAUCGGGACGAGCUGUGAGCAGAAGUGCCCCCCUGGCACAUUUGGGUACGGGUGUCAGCAGCUUUGUGAAUGUAUGAAUAACUCCACCUGCGACUAUGUGACUGGCACCUGCUACUGCAGCACCGGCUACAAAGGGAUACGCUGUGACCAGGCUGCUCUUGUGAUGGAAGAGCUGAACCCCUACACUAAGAUCAGCCCCGCUCUGGUGUCCGAGCGUCAGUCGGUGGGCGUCAUAAUGGGAACCGUCUUCCUGUUGCUAAGCAUUGUGGCCCUUCUCAGUGUCCUCAUGUGGUACCGACACAAGCGGCAGGACAAGGGCCAUGAGAUGCCCAGUGUCCUCUACACGCCUGCCAUGCACGUGUCCACCACAGACUACUCACUCUCCGACUCUUCUCCUAGCAGGAGCUCUAGCUACUGUUUCUCCAACCCAGCCUACCACACACUGGGCCAGUGCAACUUGUCCACUGUGAACAAAACCAAGGUGAGAACCAGAAGAACAGAGAGAAGCAGUUUGGACUGGACAGCAUACUGCAACCUGAGUGAACUGGGAGUGUACUACGUGGACCGGCGGUACAGCUCUUUCUUUGUAGAACAGUAUUACAGAGAUUAUAUGAAGAGCUCGGUGUCGAGCACGUGUUCCCUCAGCAGUGAGAGUCCAUACGCCACCAUCUCAGAGCCGCCAUGCAAACACUCGGAGAGCAGCUAUGUGGAGAUGAAGUCGCCCGCCCAUCACCAGCAGCCAUGCUGUGCAAACAUGGCCGCCGCCGCCGCUGCUGCCGCUGCUGCAACCAUCACCACCAACAGAAACGUCUACGAUGUCGAGCCCACUGUGAGCAUCUUGCCCUCAUCUGGAGGUAUCAGCUCGGGAAUUUUCCAAAAUCCGUACGAUCUCCCUCGGAACAGCCACAUCCUGGGUCACUACGACCUGCUGCCCAUGCGCUCCAGCCCCCCCACCCAUGGAAGUCCCUCCAGCUCCUUGCUAUAGAGAAUAGUGGCGUCUGAGUCACAAAGAGUUUACUGGUCUUCUUCAGCAUCCAGGAGUGGGCAAUGGUUUCCGGCCAGACUACUUUUUCCUUUUGAGUUUUUUCUUUCUCUAAGCACGCUGAACCUUGAGGAGUAAAUGUAAGACCCAUUCUUUGAAGAAGAACAUUCAAAUCAUUGUGAACAGCUGUUUUAUGACCGGAGCAAUGAUGAUGAUGAGUGUAACAUCUGAAUUCAUCGAUACUCAAGGGAAUAGCAGACUUGUAUAUUUUGUGAAUUAAUGAAGUUCAACAAGGAGCAGGUUUUGUACUAAAUAAUAAGUUGACAUUUUUUGCAGUUGAUAUGAGUGAAUAUUAUAAAUGUGUAGAACAUGGUGUCAUGACGAGCUUCAGUGAAAUAUCCUAGAAACUCUGAAUUAAAGAAAAUGGGAAUGUAUCUCUAUAUUCCUGCGCCAUAUUUCGAAAUCAAGACACUUCUUACUCCCUUCACUGUUGUGUCUAUAAGAUUGACAUUUUGUAGGUUUAAAUGAAUUUCUGUUUACACUUUAAAGAUCCCUUUGGAUCCAGGACCUAUUUUUCUUUGCUUGUUUGUCCUGCUUUUUAUAUGUAUUCUUUAAAAUUGUAAAUUAUUUGAAAUGUCUAGUCCAGUAACCAAAGUUUGUUAUAGACAAUUAGUAAGCAUGUUGAAUUAUUUAUGAAUAUUGUGGCUGUUAAAAAAAAAAAAAAAUCAUGUCUAGAGUACAGUAUGCCCACUCAUCAUAAUGCCCCCUAUGUAUAAGGUCAGCUGCUGUGAUUUUAUAUGACUAUAUGACAGCCAAAGUUAUAUUUUACUAAAACAUCGUCUUAGGGAUAUGCAGCAGCUUUGACCUUCUCUGCCUUUAACCCCUUCACUACCAUGAAACAGACUGGGGGACUUUUUUUUUACUUUUCAAACCUCUUUCUCUUGAAGAGUUGGUGCAUGCUAGACUGAUUUGAGGAUCAAUACUGUGUAUUCCCAUCUGUAAAACACUGUGCAAUACCUACCUGUGA